AUAUAUAUAUAUAUAUAUAUAUCCAACCAGCAAUUAGUGGCUAUGGACUGGCUCCACAUCAUUUUGUUACUCAACCGCGAGGUUGAGAUCUCAUUGGCUUAGUCAUUUCCGACUGUGAUCAAAGAAAAAGGUUACUUCAACCACUGAAUUCCUGGUGAUAUAAACCAACAGUUGAAGAUGUUAAGUGAUAUGUCUCGGAGUUAAUCACAAUUAAGCCUGGAAUGUAUCUACAUUGCUUAUAACUGAAGCGCACUUUUAGUAGUAUUGGUCUGGACAUUUAAUUUUCUGUUAGUCACGAACUCUUACUCAUCUCCAGUUAUCGUUUCAUGUUUCUCAGCCAACAGUGAUCACAAAGCAUUUAGUGGACGUAAAAAAUCGGCAUGAACAGUUUUUACCACAAUUUACCGAAAAUUGUAUGUAGAUUUGAUUACACAUAUAUUAAUGAUUAGGAGUUGCAUGCCCACCUUUCUGGGAGUAUUAGUUCGGCGUUUUUGAAGCGUGAAUCAAUUACUAACCGUGAUGUUCAGAACGUUAAUCCAAGUUUUGAUUUUGAAACAUGGAACGGGGAUAUGAACAGGUGUUUUGAUGUUUUCCGAACAAUCCACAAAUUAAUUGAAACACCAGAGAUUUUGGAGAGAGCUACAACUUCCGUUAUUGAAGAAUUUCAUCAAGAAAACGUCAUUCUUUUGGAAUUGAGGACUACGUUACGACCAAUUCCAACUCACCGUUCUUAUUUGAAUGCGGUAAUCAGAGGAAUACAGAAUGCACCGAGUGUACUUGAUAAUAAAAUAUAUGUGACAUUAAUACUAUCUAUAGACAGAUCUAAAAGUCUUGAUGAAGCGUUACUCACUUUAGAGUUAGCAAAGGAAUACUAUUCUAAUGGAUUGGUAUCAGGCAUUGAUCUCAGCGGGAAUCCACUAGUAGGUUCAUCUGUUUAA